CCCAUCACCAUGCCGCUGGCAUUCUGGAAACGCGACUGGGCGCUGCCGAAGGAGGAGAGCUGUAUCGCCCCCGAGAAUGUGUGGUCGAACAAGGAUAUGGACCCCAGUCCGCCCGAGCACCGCACCUGGACGACCUGGACGUUCUUCUCAUACUGGGUGUGCGACCUCUUCCAGCCCGGAGGCUGGGCCACCACGGCCGCGUUCGUCGCCAUGGGCCUGACGUGGUGGGAGAGCUGCCUCGCAGUCCUCACCGGCUCGGUGCUCGCCGCGCUCGUCAUCUCGGCCAACGGUGUCGUCGGCGGGACGGUACACACGCCGUUCGCGGUGACGUGCCGAACGACGUACGGGUACUGGGGGAGCAAGUUUGUCGUGUUUUCGCGCUGCGCGAUCGCAUGCUUCUGGCUCUCGGUCAACACGUUCGCCGCGGGCCAGUUCUGCUCGUACGCCAUCCAGGCCAUCUGGCCCUCGUAUGCGCGCCUGCCGAACCACGUCCCGGCCUCACAGGGCGCCACGACCAAGGACUUUGUGUCCUUCCUCAUCCUCUGGAUCAUCCAGUUCCCCUUCAUCCUCAUCCACCCGUCCAAGCUCAAGUGGGUGUUCAACAUCAAGGCGGUGAUCGUGCCCAUCGUGGCGCUUGGCACCAUGAUCUGGGCGGUGAAGCGCGCUGGGCCGUUGGCUGGCCCGGCGCUCCGCACGCCCGCGAACCGCGUGCCCGCCGGCUCGAAGCGCUUCAUUGCGUUCAUGUACUCUGUCACUAGCGUCCAAGGAACCUGGGCGACGAUGAGCGUCAACGUCGGUGACUUCUCGCGGUACACGCGCACUCCGGCCGCGUCGUACGCCCAGCUGUGGGCCUUCCCCGUCGUCAACACCAUGGUGUCGAUCGUCGCCGCCAUCACCGCCGCCUGCCUGCUCCCAGUGUACGGCGACGUGCUGUACCAGCCGUACCUCAUCGUCGCGAAGUGGGACGGCAGCGCCGGCGGCCGCGCAGCCAUGUUCCUCGGGUCGCUCGCGUGGGCCCUCGCGAACGUGACCACCAACAUCACGGCCAACUCGAUCUCGGCAGCCAACGACAUGGUGUCCCUCGCGCCGAAGUACAUCAACAUCCAGCGCGGGCAGCUCAUCGCCGUGACCAUCGGCGUGUGGGGCUUUGCGCCGUGGAAGGUGCUCGAGAGCGCGCAGAACUUUUUGACCUUCAUGGCGAGCUACUCGAUCGUGCUGGCGCCCAUUGCGGCGCUCAUGGCCAUCGACUUCUUCGUGGUCAAGCACCGCCGGUACAACAUCUACGAGUUCUACAAGCCGCACGGUAUCUACCGGUACGCCGGCGGCUGGAACUGGCGCGCGUACGUCGCGUUGCUGUGCGGCAUUGCGCCCAACAUGCCCGGCAUGGUCGCGGCCAUCAACACAAAGAUCAACAUCGGUAACAUCAAGUACGUCUACAUGGUGUCCAAUAUCGCCGCGGACGUGAUCGCGAUCGCGAUCUACCUGCUCCUCAACAAGUUCUUCCCGGCCCCCGAGAGUCUCGUCGACGUCGCCGUGCACGACGUCAAGGAGUAUGGAACCGGCAGCCAGGGCAGCGUGGACCGCAUCGACGUCGUCGGCGACGAGGAAAAGUACUAAGCGAGAAGAUUUUGUAGAUUAGGGACAUGUGGCGAUGAGAUUAGGAAUCAUGCACGCCGAGAUAGGG